GAGAUUGAAGAAGAGUUCUUGUUUUGUAUCUCAGUUUCUCUCUUUUUUACACACACAAAUUAAAAUUAAACAAACAAAAAAUAAGCUCGGUAACCUAGCUAAAUUCAGCCCAGAGCACCACUACAGCUAUGUGAGGGAUCGGAUCGCACCGAGAUCUCGGAGUGUUUGUAAAUAUUUAUUUAAAUAAUUUGUGGGGAGAGAGAGAGGCACUACUGCUCAAGUGAGUAGAGGAGGGGAGUUGGAGAGAGCGCGUGAACACCAGUCUCAGUGCCAGCUGACAGGCUGAAAGUUUCCUGGGACUCUCUUUCUGGCGAACUGGAUCAAUGAUGGAAUUGCAAACAUUACAGGAGGCCCUGAAAGUGGAAAUACAAGUCCAUCAGAUUGAUGUUAUACCAAGUGGAUCAACUCAUCAACUGAAAUUGAUAAGUUUCAUUUAAAUUACACUUGUUUAUUGCAAAUGCAAAAUGUUUGUUCCAAAUUAACACAUUAAAUGGUGUCGCCACAAACCGUUGUUAACCGGAGGACAGUUACUCUUACAGAAAGCCGUUGGCAGGCUGCCUGCUGCUCUGUCUGCUUUUGUUUGAAAGUGAGGCAGGUGCAAUACACUGUAGUUCCACAUGUGGCCUGUAGAUGGCACACAACGUCUGUAACUCCCUCCAAAACUGUUGGCAUAAGUUUUGACUGCAAAUUCUUGUCUUCUCUUCUGUUGCCAUAGAAACUUGUCGCCCAAAUGAAGCAGGAUCCACAGAACGCAGAUCUGAAGAAACAACUUCACGAGCUCCAAGCGAAAAUCACGGCUCUGAGUGAGAAACAGAAAAAAGUGGUGGAGCAGUUGAGGAAGGAGUUGCUGGUGAAACAGGAGCCUGACUUGAAGCCACAGACGCUCCCAGCAACCGCAGACGGUAAAACUGUGCUGCUGACGCCCGCCUGUCCCCCUUCACAGCCGCCCACAGGGCCUCCACACAACCAGGGGGCGCCACAGAAGACUCUCACCGUGACGCCGGUCAUAACUGCAAAGACUCUACCUCUCGUGCUGAAAGCUGCCACCUCCACCAUGCCUGCUUCCAUGGCAACACAACGCCCCACAGUCGCCAUGGUCACUGCCAUCAGCAACCCCCCGAGACCCGGCGCCAAUUCCGACUCCCAGAGCACACCAAUCAACCUUCAGGUGGCCAGCAAGCUACCCCAUCAGGACACAGAUGCCGGCACACGGAUUGUGUCCAAGAAUGUUAUUGUUGUGCAGGCCACCACCACCUCUGCCCAGCCUAUCAAAGUUCCCCAGUUUGUCCCUCCUCCUAGAUUGACGCCUCGACCCACCUUUCAGCCACAGGUUCGACCAAAACCCCCCAUGCCCAUCAAUGUGCCCAUCGCUCCAGCUCCUCCUCCUCCCAUGGUGGCAGCUCCUCUAAUCCAGCGGCCCCUGAUGCUGACCACCAAGCUGACGUCAUCUUUGCCUGCCUCUGCUGGGCCCAUUCACCAGGUGCACAUCGUGAACGGACAGCAGUGUGCCACCAUUGACAAGACCACGACUGCAGUCACGAGUGGCACCACGCAAGUCACAGGCAUUGUCAUCAGUCCUGCCCAGACACUUCAGAUCAGCAACCUUAACUCAGACUUGAAGACUGUGAAAACACAGGGAGGACCAGAACAUGUGGUCACAAAUAUACCACACUCAUCCUCUCCUCCUCUUCCUCCUCCUCCAGCUAAGGUCAAACGAGAGGAGAGCCCACAGAAACUUGCCUUUAUGGUGUCUCUUGGGUUGGUCACACAUGACCAUCUUGAAGAGAUUCAGAGUAGAAGACAAGAACGUAAGAGGAGAACAACAGCCAACCCAGUGUACAGUGGAGCAGUGUUUGAACCUGAGAGGAAAAAGAGUGCUGUCACUUACUUGAACACUCCACUGCAUCAAGGCACCAGGAAGAGAGGUCGCCCUCCCAAAUACAGCACCACCACCACCACCACCAGCAGCACAGCGGUGCCGGAGCUGGGCUGCAACCCCCUGCUCUCCCCCACCAGCAGCCUUCCCGCCUCCCCAGCCCCUGAGCGGCCUGACACGGGGGGCUUUCCCCUCUCUGUCCACCCUCAUUCUGUCCCCCAGCCCAGCCCCAGCUCCGGGGAUGGAGACAUCCAUGAGGAUUUCUGCACUGUGUGCAGACGCAGUGGACAGUUGCUCAUGUGUGACACAUGUUCGCGCGUCUACCACCUCGACUGCUUGGACCCACCCCUCAAAAACAUUCCCAAAGGCAUGUGGAUCUGUCCUAAAUGUCAAGACCAGAUUCUGAAGAAGGAAGAGGCCAUUCCAUGGCCAGGAACCCUAGCAAUUGUCCAUUCCUACAUUGCUUACAAAGAAGCAAAAGAAGAAGAGAAGCAGAAGUUAAUGAAAUGGAGUGCCGAACUAAAGCUGGAACGAGAACAACUAGAACAGAGAGUGAAACAGCUCAGCAACUCUAUAACAAAAUGUAUGGAGACCAAGAACAGCAUACUUGCCCGUCAGAAGGAGAUGCAGGCCUCUCUGGACAAGGUAAAACACCUGGUCCGCCUCAUCCAGAGCUUUAACUUGACUCAGCCCAUGGAGACGGACAUCCUACAGGAUUCCAAUCAGGACUGCACAGAGUCAGGGAGCAUCAAAGACUCAAAGGAUGUUACACAAGUGUGUGUGCAGGAGAGUCCCACCGAGCCUAGUGUGCAAGUACCAGCCGCCGUAGCAGUUCCUGAAGUGAAGGCAGAGCCAGAGGUGGGCGAAAUGGCAGAGCCAGCAGCCGCAGUCACACCUGAGGCUGCGUCAGGUGAAUCGGGAGUUAGUGUCCCGGAAGUGCCCAAGACCACAGUUGGCGAGGAGAUGAUGGAUACGGCGAAAACGCCAGAGCCUGCAGAAUUGCCUCAGGCCAGGGACGUAAAAACUAACGGAGGAACGGACUGUGUUUGUACCGGCUUGAACCCGGAAGAAGAGGCGGGUGCUGUCGAUGCCGCAGAAUCUGUGGGCUCUGAGAACAUCCCUCCCAGUGACAGCAGUUGUGUAGAGGAUGCUGGGAAGAUGGAAGUGGAGCUGCAGGAAGAUGGAAGUCAUGGCGUGAACACCAACAACGGCAAAACCUCAGAACCUUCUCAGCAGGCUUUGCCAGCCCCUCUAAGCAGCGUGGACAACCCCAAAUAAUUCUCAGCCUCACACUAAACACAUUUACAUCACCAAAACAUUUAAACAGAUUUCCUAUUGCACCUUGGACUGGUGCACAAAGUUGCCAAUCUAUACGUAUAUAUAUUAUACAUAUAUAUAUAUAUUAUCUAUAUCCAAAUAAAUGUUGUCGUUUUUUUAUUUUCUUUUACUUUUUUUAAAAAAUGGUAAAACUGUGUCAACAGUACUUCUACAUCCAAGGCAAACUAGUCUUGGUUCUUGUAGACCAAUAGAGCCCGAACUUGUGGGUGAAAAGGGUGACUGACGAAAGAGUGUCAUGCCAAUUAUUAGAUUAUUAAAAAAAAGAAAAAUAGUAGUUUAAUAAUAUUAAUAAUAAUUAUUAUAAUAAUAAUGAUAGUGAUAAAGAUGAUGGAUGAUUUAUCAGAUCAGACCAGUGUGUGCCUCCAACAUGGGGUUUGUUUUUCAUAGGUUGUCUUAGUUGUCUUCUCCUCGGGAGGAGAAAGACAGGGCAGACGUGUCCAAAGACUGCAUGACUAUGCCCACACCCUGUGCACCUCCAGCCAGGCCUGAGUGGACCGGCAAUACCAAAAGCUUCUCUUUCCAAACAGGACAAAAACAAAACAAAAAAAUCAAUGCAUCAGUAUUCGCCAGUGACAAGGCAGAGGUUUAGAAUCCUGUUGUUGGCGUGGGUUAGACUAAAUCAGGACUGCCUAUAGCAACCCCUCUAAUUUCUUUCCUCCACUCUACAUCUUGUCCGCAUUUCCCAGUUAGCUGUAGAAGUGUCCCGUCUCCAAGUCAUCUCAGGCUAAUCAGUGGUAGAGCGCAUGGCAAAGCCUCUCAAGAUCUUUGACAAAGGGCUGAAGAGGAAGCUACACCAGAAGUCACAUCUCGGUAACUGCAACAAAUCAUGCGUGGUAGAUUAGUCUGAAAAGCGGUGUUGGUUCUGUGUAUUGAAUGAGUCUUGUUCUAAAGUCAGUAUGUGUGUGUAUUUGAUGCUGUUUGUGGAUUUUAUUCAUUUAGUUUUUUCGGUUGUUUGUUUGUUUUUUAAAGAAAAUAUAUUCAGGUCUUCCUAGUCUUCAUUGAAAAAUAAGUGCUUUUCUGUUUCAUGAAACAGUCGUUUGUUAUCAAUGGUGUUUAAAAAAAUGGCAAGAAUUGUGCAAGCAGCUUUCUCAAUUUCAGAGAUGCACAUUGCAUAAUGAGUGUCUGUUUUUAUUUGAAUUCCGAACUGCCAAAUGCUUUAGUUUUUUUUUUUUUAAAUUGAAAAUAAUGGUAAUAUCCUCUUACUGUGUGUUUAGUCUAAAAUAUAAUGGACUAGUCCCAUCCCCAUUUUUUCCAAAACCUUUUUUUUUCUUCUUGAAAAACAAUAAUGACUAAGUCACAAUUUGCUGUCUUAAACUUGAGGGUUUGAUGUAUGAGCCAAAUCGAGUAAUAAGAAACUGACAGAAAACCCUUAAUUAAAGCACAAGCUUUAUUGCAGAUAACUAAAGCAAACGCACUAAGAACCUCUUAAGAGACUUUCUGAGCAAAAUUUUCAAAAAGCGCUUAAAUCUUAUCUGUUGGUUUCUACGCUUGCCAACAUCCUGUAAAAUCAAAAACAACAGCCAGUUGCUUAUGUACAAAGUGAGAAGCACUGUUUAUGACAGUCUUCUGCUGGCUUUUCGUUGUGUUGCAUAGUAUCUUAACCUGUCCCAGGUAACGUCUUAAGUCUUAAAAGUAAUGCACGGCUGGCACCUUUUGUUACGUUAAUGUCAGGCCAUUCCAAAAAGCAUAUCCCUUUUAGCUUUGUGAAGAUAGCCACUCAGGCUAGGAUUGAACGCGUAUCAAAUUCCACGUAUCUGUUUAGGGCAUCUUUGUAAGUGCUUAUUUUGACUAUAUGUAUACAGUAGUGCAUAUUUAUUUAGGAUUUCAAAAGAACGGUGCAUAGCUCAUUCUGGCUGUUCAAACAUGAGAGAGAACCUACCACAAUAUGGAUUCUGUAUUUGGGAUGAUGUUUACUAUUUUGUUUGUUAGUUUGUUUUAAAUGAUGGAUUUAUCUUGAUUAGUCAGGAUUUCAUGGCUUUAAAAUCCAAUUUGUGACUCUUAGUGGAUGGGGUCUUGGUUAUAUCAACAAUGUGCUGCAAUUUCUCACAAUCUACUGUGAAAAUUCACAUACUUUUCCUUAAUACAUUCCCAUAAUACCCUGUUACCAUUUGAGCCAAGACUGGGUAAUAACGGAUAAACAUUCAUAUCAUGGCGUCCAUUAUUGUGGCAUAACAUACCGACAUGAAUAUUUAAGGCCUUCCAGAAGUCACCAUUGUCAGUCUAGAGAAUAUUUAAAGAAAACUACUUUUAUUCCUUCCUGUACAGGUGCCCAGAGUGCCUUCAACCUUUUACAUACUGAAUUUAAUCUCAUAAACUGGUCAUAUUUCCCUCUCUCUGUAAAACGUCACCUUGAUUAGAAGCACAUUUGUUGUAAUUUCAUUUGGUUAAAGUGAAAUGGUUGUAGUGAUGUGCUUGUGUUGGUGUAGUCCUGUCUGUCUUUACUCUUAAUCUAGUUAUCUGCUGUGAAGUUAAAGAGCCCCUCUAGAGUAGGCUAUAUUUUAAGGAGUUAAGGAGUUGCCUUGAACUUUUUAAUACUCUGAACAAAAGUAUAUCUAAGUGAUUGCACAAAAUUGGUCUGGAAAAAAAAAAAGAAGAAAAAAAAAAAAAAGAGUUGUUCCUUAUAAUGUGUUUUAAAUUAAUUCAUUGGUUUAUCGGAGCACUCUGUGCCACCAAAAUAUUAAGUGUGAAACUUGUGACAAAAAAUGUGUUUUUUGGAUUGACAUUCAUUGGAAAAAGUUCUGGAAGUUUAGGAAGUCAUGGUUUCCUGUCUUUAUGCACUUUUUAUAGGAAUGUCCUAAGUAUUACUAUUUUUUUUUUUUUUUCCCAAAAAUACUUGUCUGCUUGUUUUAAGUUCUUUUUUGUAGUGUGUGAUUCAGGAUUUUUUUUUUUUUUUCUCGUGUAUCACAAAACAGGACUGUUCAGGCCAGUGACUACUACUUAAUGUCAUACAUAACACUCUGCUCUUAAAACGACUUGCACCCUUUCUUAUUCGCGUCAUGUCCUUCAUCUCUCCUUCAGUCACUGAGUUAGAGUACUGGACUUGUACCUGAAUCAGGUAUUUAGAUUUCAGCCUUGACUAUUAGCAAGGCUGAACGGAUCAAAGAAAACCUGCAAUCUGAUUGGAUAGACUCAAACCCCCAGAACACCAACCUGUCCAAUCAGUUCAACAAAAAGCAUGCCUUCUUAUGCAAAUUUUUUAUAAGUUUUGUCAAACUUUUUUAAUAUGCAUUUAGUUUUGAGUUUAUUUUGUAAAGAUUUUUAUGUGAACUUUGUGUCACUUUCCUUUUUACAUGUCUGGCGAAGAUGAUGCCAAAACGAAACAGUAUACAUAUGUACAUCUCUUAAAUACACUUGCAUUUUUUUUUUGUUGUUUAAAUUAUGAACAAUAUACACUUUCACAGUGGCAUCUGUAGAAAAUAGUUAAUUCAUGUACAGUUACAGAUGGGAAUUAUUUGCUGGCCACAAUUCUGGGUUUUCUGGAACGUGGAAAUGUGGCGUUUCGGCUGUGUAUGAAUCUCAUGGACCGUUACUUUCAUUCAAGUCUGCCUUUGCUAGCACACCAUGCUGAAUGUUAUUGUUAUCUUGGGGCGCUGGGUGGGGUUGGGGGCGGGGGUACCAGUGGUUGUGAGAAGAUUUUUAUGGUCUUACAUGGCUUAUCUUGCAGAGUGCAUGUAAUUUGUUAUGGGUGGGGCCUUUAGAAGUAAGGGGAGGGAACUUCUGAAAGCCACGCAUUCAAGUUCUUAAGUCAGUAUACCCAAAGAGACUGCAAACAUUUUGCUGUUAGGAAGCCUUUUUAUAUGCAUUCGAGAUACAUAUCAUUGAAAGUUUUUUUCCAUCACGAUUGAUUUCUGCUCUAGCUUACGGCUCCGACGUGUAGGAAACGCUUUCUGCCAGCUUUCUAAGUUGUCUGUACGGCUUUGCAAUUUUGGUUUUAGGACUUUUAAAAGGCGAAAGGUUGCGGUGUACAUUUUUAUGCAUAAAAUCGAAACAUUUUCACACCCAUUCCAGCUGUUCAUCCUGUCACCUUGAUCUUAAUAGUGUGUAGAUCAUCCAUAUUCUUUAUGGUGCGUUAUAAUUCCACAGUGACAAUGAAGUCAUUGUAGUUUUAAUGUAGUUUCUGUUCACGUUUCAUACUAUUUACUCAGUCAUGAUUGUGGCCUUCUCGUACUGUUGAUGCAUUUCAUUUCUGUAGUCGUGACUUUCCCGGUGUUGUGCACUGUGUGAGCGAGUGUGUUCGUUUGAGCAGGUGUGUGUGUGUGUGUGUGUGUGUGUGUGCGUGCGGCGUGUGCGUGUGCGUUACCUCAUCUACAGUCAACUGUCCAAUUGGAAAACAUUUUUGUUUACGCGUGCAAAAAAGAAAAAUUACAAAAAAAAAAAAAAAAAAUCUUCCACUUGAUGAAACACAAAACAGGAUACAUUGUAGCGACAUGAGUUAUUAAAAAAAAAAAGAAAAAAAAGAAAAAGUUCACCUGGUGUGCUGAACUAAGUGUAAAUGGUUUAUUACACAAUAUGAAUAUUUGUAAAAUUGUUUGUAUUUUUUCAUAAUGAUUUUAAAAAGGAGUGUGUUUAUUUUUUGACUUUUUUCUGUUACAGAGAUCUCUCUCUCUCUCUCUGGUCUUUUUUCUCCUUGUUUGUUCGCCUGACAUUGUGAGUGCGUCAGUUGGUUCUUACCUCUCCUGUAUUGAGCCUGUGAUGAGUCCUUUGUAUGCAGUGUUUUGAAAAUACUGUAGGGAACAUGGGAAGAAAUUGAUAUUAGGAGCAUUUGAUCAAUUUGUAUUUAUUUAUUUUAUCAUUUUGUUAAUAAAUUGACAAAGAAUA